CCAUAAUUCCUGGAUGAGCGUUCGGUUUUGGCGAGGAACCAGCUGAGAAUUUGAAGUGUCUUCCUUUUAAUUUUUAGCUUUUUCUUUCGCACUGCGAUAUCUUUGCUGGAAGAUUUUGACAUUUAUAACUUGUAGUGUAGUGGCUUUUAUACUUCUACUGCUUUUCAUGGGUAGGGAUUUUCUUCCCAAAAAGGCAGCUGUUUUCCGCGACUUUUUAAGAAUCAAAGUGAGAUCUGAUUUCUGUAGCUGCGCGCUGAUGUCCUAAUAGUUCUUCUCUCCACCAACAACAACUCCCAUGUCGGACCAGCCUCGUCGUAAGUAUCCUAAACGCAGCGUGCCCGCCGAGGAUAUUACUGCACAGCAGCAUAUUGAGAAGCUAUCGGAUCUGACGGAUAGUCAGUUCGCAGGGAAGACUAUCUUCUUUGAACCGGUGACCAAGCCGUCGUUUCUCAUUAUGGACGAGGCUGGCGACAAGAGUCUGGCGGCGUUGGCGCGCCGUCGCAAAAACAACACGGAUCAUGCGGCCUUUGGACUGCAGGUGCCCAACAGCGAGACCAAGAAGGGCUCAGUGCGUAACUGGCGACCCAUUUUGGCUGUCAGUCCACCCAACGGCAGCAGUAUCGGGCUGGUGGAGCAGAGCUACGAGACGCUGUGGGAUGUUCUGCAGAAGGCCAGCGCGAAAGUCUUCCAGGGGAUGGUGCUGACGGAGGCCUUUGAAUUGCUGUAUAAUAAAGUGGAAUUGGCCUGUACUAGCAAGUCCGAAGUGCGGUUGUUCGCGGAUCUGAGCGAGCUGUUCAAGAUUUAUCUAGAAAAGUGGAUAAAUGAUUUGGAAUCACGCGCUACUGUCACCGACGACGGGGAAUUCCUGCAACAAGUCGACAGUGCGUGGCAGGACUUGUGCGCCAAGAUCAAGUUGAUCCGUUGUAUUUUUCUGGUUUUGGAUCGUACAUACUGCCUCCAACGAGCCGACGUGCCGACCAUCUGGGAUAUGGGCAUCGCGAUGUGCCGUAAUUUUGUAGUCAAUGCGCAGAGCACGGAGAAGAAAAUUUUUGAUGGAUUACUAAAGUCCAUUGAAAGGGAACGCAGUGGCGAUCAGGUGAACAAGGGUUUGCUGAAGAAUAUCAUCCGGAUGUUGGCGGAUUUAUCACUGUAUGAGAAUCCCUUCGAAGGCCUGUUCUUGAAGGAUACUCAGACCAUGUACAGUAUGGAGAGUCGCGAGUAUCUGGCCACACAUGAUAUUUCUUCGUAUCUCAAAUACGUCAAGAAACGCUUGGAUGAAGAGGAACAACGAAUCGAGAACUACCUGCAGCUGUCCACACGGAAACGUCUGAUUCCCAUUGUCGAACAGGAACUGAUUCAGACCCAUCAAUCCGCCGUCAUCGCCGCUGGCACGGACUUGUUGAUGGACGAGAAGCGCAUGGAAGAUUUGAGUCUCAUGUAUCAGUUAUGUUCCCGCACGGCCACCGGCCUGUCGGAAUUGCAUCGAGCAUUCUGUGAUUACAUUAAGCGCCGCGGUCGCGUUAUCGUCAUGGAUGAGCAGCAGGAUAAAGAUAUGGUUCCUAACAUGCUCGUCCUGAAGAGCAAGACGGAUGACAUCCUGAAGAAUUGCUUCAGCAGUGAUCCUAACUUCAAGGAUGCCGCUCGCGAAGGAUUUGAGCAUUUUAUCAACCAGCGGGCCAAUAAGCCGGCGGAGAUGAUCGCGAAAUUUGUUGAUUCCAAAUUGAAGAUGGGAAAUAAAGAGGUUUCGGAAGAGGAGUUGGAAAUGUUGAUGGAUCGCCUUUUGAUUCUUUUCCGAUAUAUUCAUGGUAAGGAUGUUUUCGAAGCUUUCUACAAAAAAGACCUAGCCAAGCGUCUCCUGUUAAAUCUAUCCGCGUCGGUGGAUGCCGAGAAAUUAAUGUUGCAAAAGCUGAAAACGGAAUGCGGUAGCGCGUUCACCAGUCGUCUGGAGGGUAUGUUCCGUGAUAUCGAAGUCAGUAAAGAACAGGCGUCAAGUUUUCAGGAGCAGCUGACCAAAUGGAAGCACGCGGGCAUUGACGUCCAGGUGAAUGUCCUGACCCAGGGAAUCUGGCCGAAUUAUCCCGUGGUGGAAGUGACCCUGCCGCCCGAGAUGACGGAGUAUCUGGAUACAUUUAAGAAUUUCUACCUGUCCAAUCACAACGGACGGAAACUGCAGUGGAUCCACAAUCUGGGGCAGUGCCGGUUGAGUGCCUACUUCCCCAAAGGGAAGAAGGAGCUGCAAGUGUCGCAGCUGCAGGCGGUGGUGCUGUUGCUGUUCAACAAUGUGGAUGAGCUGGGUUUCCAGGAGAUUCAGCAGGCCACUAGUAUUGAGGUGGAGGAAUUAAAGCGGGUGAUGGUGAGCCUUACGAUUCCCAAAAUCAAAGGGGUCCUUAACAAGAGUGGAAGCCAGACCGCAGUCAGUGUGUCGGAUACGUUCACCUAUAAUGAUACGUAUACGGCCAAACAGUUUCGGAUAAAGAUCAACCAGACACAAGCUCAGGAGACACCGGAAGAAGAGCAAAAGACGCAGGAAGGUAUCUUCAUGGAUCGUCAGUAUCAGAUUGAUGCUGCUAUUGUGAGGAUUAUGAAGACUCGUAAAAGCCUGAAACAUGCCAUUCUUUUAUCGGAAAUCUACAAGCAGCUUCGUUUCCCUGUGACGCCGAAUGAUUUGAAGAAGCGCAUUGAAAGUCUAAUUGAGCGGGAUUAUAUGGCACGGGAUCGCGAUGAUCAGGCCACAUAUAAUUACAUGGAAUAUAAUGACUUUCUUGUUCUAAUGCCGUUCUCUCUGUUUUAUGAACGAUUAAACUGGAAUGCAAAUUUCGUAAUGAUGGGUACAUUUGCAUUGAUGGGAAAUCCACUAUUGCGAGCGAAAAGGCAAUUCUCCUUCACUCAAGCCGCCACCUGCUUGAAAGUAGCCGGUUUCUAUCGGAAUCCCCAACGGCCGCGUGGCUCCGUGGAAGAACUGAGGAAGCAGUGUCGCAACUUCUACCGGUGUGUCGGCGGCACGGUCUUCCAGUUGAGCUGCUCACCGCAGACCAACUUCGAUAUUGUCCUUCAGGGAUGCAGUUCGCCUGAGGCUGUGACGGACGAAAACUGCGCUCUGGACACAAAGGAUGACUGGAAGCCAGCGACCACACCGCAUCCGCAGUUCGAGAACACCAACUGCUCCAAGACGGACUACGCCUGUGCCAGUGGUCAAUGUGUGGCGAAAGAACUGUUCUGCAACAACAACAAUGAUUGCUCCGACGGCAGUGAUGAACUGGUGUGCGGUAUCGAUGAGGAUCCGCAGCGCGCGGAACCCUGCAACCGCGAUGCCUGCCAAUUACCUGACUGCUUCUGCAGUCAAAAGGGCACCUCCACGCCCGACGACAUGCCGGUCAACCAGGUGCCGCAGAUGGUGCUGCUCAUGUUCGACGAUGCCAUCAACGACAACAACAUUCCUAUUUAUGACGCCAUCUUCACGGCCAACCGCACCAAUCCUGGCCAGCAGUGCCCCAUUAAGGCCACAUUCUUCGUUACGCACGUUUUCAAUAACUACCAGUAUCUGGAGAAGCUGGCCAAAUCCGGCAAUGAAAUCGCUCUCAAAGGAGUCGAUACGGAUCGUCUGGAACCGUACUGGACUAAAGCCACCCAGGAAAAACUGGUCAAAGACUAUGUCAGUGAGCGCAAGAUCAUCAGCAAAUUCGGCCGCAUCCCCGAGAACACCAUGACCGGUAUGCGCAUGCAGUACCUGAAGGGUGCCGGCAACGCCCAGUUCGACUUCAUGGCCAAGAACGGCAUCAAAUGGGACAGCAGUAUCGCCAUCGAGCCCCUGGACAGCCCCAUCUGGCCCUACACCCUGGACUACCGCGUCCCCCACCGCUGCUGGCCUCCGGAGAAGCAGGCCCAGUGCCCGGCUCGCCCCUUCAAGGGUCUGUGGGAAAUCCCGCUCAACACGCUGGCCGGUGUAUACGACGAAACCUGCUCCGUCCUCGGCUCCUGCUCCCGCGCGGAAAGCAUUCAGGAUAUGGUGGCCAUGUUGGAUAAGAACUUCCAGAAGUACUACACCACCGACCGUGCCCCCUUGGUCCUGUCCAUGUCUACGAAUUGGUUCGUCCCCGAACACCUCCUGGGUCUCAUGCAGUGGAUCGAUACGACGCUGACCACACAUAAGGACGUCUUCUUCGUUACCGCCUCGCAGGCCAUCCAGUGGAUCCAGAAUCCGACACCGUUGGACCAGAUUGGCGGGUUUGAUCCCUGGAAGUGCCCGCAGCCCAAUCCGGUGCCGGUGUGUGAUGAGCCGCACGGGUGUAAUUUGGAGGGGGCCGUACCAGAGAUGCGGGGCAACUACAUGAUCACGUGCCUCACUUGCCCGGCGUUUUAUCCUGAUUUCGGGAUUACUGACGGGGAAGUGAUGGAGGCGUAAAAGGGCACAGUUUGUUAUUGUGGUUGUCUCGUUUCUCUGUCAGAUGUUUUUUGCUUUUUCUUUUCCGAUGGCGUUGCCUGGUGCAAACAGUGAUGGCGUGGCACAAAUAAAAAGAAACUGAUA